AUGGGUAUCAAGCAAAUCCGAGGCUUCACGAUGAGUACCUGGGUAGCUUCAAAAAGUAAGGAUUCAAAAAGGAAAGCUCUCGACGAACAUGUCAACUUAGCUUCGGCACCCCAUACUGAUGCCGAAGGCACUAUUAGGGCUUCUUGGAUUAUCUUCGCGUCCAGUCUCUGUGCCAACGUCUACGGCAUUGAUGCCCAACAAGUUCUCAGCAGCUCCCUCGACCUUGCCGGGAAUUCGUACAAGUGCGAAAAUAGCGCGAAGCCAUCGCUCACUUGUGCAGAUCCGUCGGUAAGCAACCAAAGCUGCUUGUCCACUUGUGAAAACGGCCUCAACUUCAAGACAUCCAUCCCCGAUUUCCUCCAGCCCGGCGGUGGCAGCAGCAGCGACUCAUCUCUCGACGACUGUCAAGAAAGCAAGGAAGAAUGCCUCAAGGACAAGGAAAACCCGAAGAACGAUCUCAACGAGAAGAGUCAAUAG